AUGGCCAAGAAUACUAUAGACAUAUACCCACUCAACAGGGACGAAGAAGAAUCGAAAAGGUUAAAUCAACAGCAUAGGAUGUUCCUGAACCUGAUCAAGAAUAACAUUAUCGAUCCUGCAAUUAGUAAAGAUAGCUUGAGAGCCGUCGCAGACAUUGGUACAGGCACUGGAAUAUGGCUAGAAGACGUCGGAAAGUUAUUCACCAAAGACUCGAUUCCUUAUCUACACGGUUUCGACAUUUCCGAUGAUCAAUUCCCAGAAAGUUCCGAGAUACUGGAAUUGUCCGUGCAUGAUGUUUUGAAUGAAUUCCCUCCCGAACAUAUCAACCGAUAUGAUCUUGUUCAUGUCCGAUUUUUCGUAACCUGCAUUCGAGAAGACCAGUACACGCAAGUUGUCAGAAACAUGGCUUCUCUCAUCAUUGGCUCUUUUGCAGAACCCGGAGGCUACCUGCAGUGGGAGGAAGGAGACCACAGCAAAUCCUUCCGAGCGAUUGAAAAAGAGGCACCACGAUUGCAAGACGCCGUCAACAGUUUCAGGGGAUAUUUCGUGUCGGGUGGUUUCAGUCUCUAUGCACCUGACAACAUUGAGCAGGCAUGCAAUACUGCUGGUCUUAACCUAAUCAAUAAAUCGUGGUAUAGCACGACCACGGCGUCCGCUGAGCAAGUCGAGGAAAUUAGGUUCCAGUUUCUUUGCAUAUUUCAGCAGAUUCUGCGAAUUUCCUGUCGUGAUCGAGGGUCAUUUGAUACUGAAAGUAAUGCUCAAGUCGCAGUCGAACAGCAAAUUGACUUGAUGAAGGCCUCUUUCGAUAAAGGGCUUGUUCCCGAUGCGAUUUUUUGCUGCAUUCUCUAUCAGAAGCCUUGAGCCAUUAACCAAAUCAUUAGAGCUAGUUUUUGUAUUCUCUUU